CAAUGGCUUCUUCAAAGCAAGCUUAGUAGAGAUUAAUGGAUGCCACCAUAGCUUAAAAGAACAAAUCACAGCAGUUCUAACAAAAAAAAAAAAAAAACAUGUCUGGGUUUGAAGCAGACAACAAUGGCGUCUCCAUUUCAGUUGCAGCCGGCAACAAAACUGUUGCAGAUUUUGAGGUUUCGAAGAAACCUAAAAGGAACAAGUUUGCUUUUGCUUGUUCCAUUCUUGCUUCUUUAGCUUCUAUCUUGCUUGGAUAUGAUAUCGGAGUGAUGAGUGGGGCUAUUAUUUAUAUAAAAGAUGAUCUGAAAAUCAGCGACGUUCAAGUUGAAAUCCUCGUCGGAAUUCUAAACUUGUAUUGUCUUAUUGGAGCAUACGCCGCCGGUAGGACCUCCGAUUGGAUAGGUCGACGUUACACCAUCGUCGUCGCAGCCGCCAUCUUCUUUGUGGGAGCUUUGCUCAUGGGGUUCGCCACGAACUACGCUUUCCUCAUGGUCGGUCGUUUCGUGGCCGGAAUCGGCGUCGGCUUUGCCCUACUGAUUGCUCCGGUAUACACCGCUGAAGUCUCUCCGGCAUCCUCUCGUGGCUUUCUCAACUCAUUCCCCGAGGUUUUCAUUAAUAUUGGUUUAUUGUUGGGGUACGUUUCCAACUACGCAUUUUCGAAGCUACGAGCCGACUUAGGGUGGCGGGUAAUGCUUGGCGCCGGUGCUAUUCCGUCGGUUUUCUUGGCUAUUGGGGUUCUUGCAAUGCCUGAGUCACCUCGUUGGCUGAUUAUGCAAGGUCGAUUAGGUGAAGCCAAGACGGUUCUCGACAAAACUUCAGACACCAAAGAAGAAGCUCGUGGUCGACUCAGUGACAUCAAAGCUGCCGCCGGAAUCCCAGAAGAUUGCACCGAUGACAUUGUCCAGGUCCAAAAGCAGACCCAUGGCGAAGGUGUGUGGAAAGAAUUAUUUUUACACCCUACACCAGUUGUUAGGCACGUGUUGAUUUGCGCCAUCGGGAUCCAUUUCUUCCAACAAGCUAUAGGCUUAGACUCUGUCGUGUUAUAUAGUCCCAGGAUCUUUGAAAAAGCUGGGAUCACAUCGUCAGACCAUAAGCUACUUGCCACCAUCGCCAUUGGACUUUCCAAGACGAUCUUCAUCUUAGUGGCGACAUUUUUACUUGACAAAAUCGGGCGACGUCCGUUGCUCCUCAUCAGUUCUGGUGGCAUGGUCGUUAUAUUGGCUACACUCGGAUUUUCAUUAACGAUCAUCGGUCAUUCGGACAACAAAAUAACUUGGGCUGUCGGAUUGUGCAUCACCAUGGUUUUAUCUUCUGUGGCAGUUUUCUCGAUAGGGAUGGGACCCAUUGCGUGGGUGUAUAGCACGGAGAUCUUCCCCUUGAGGCUACGCGCUCAGGGAGCGAGUAUAGGAGUGGCGGUUAACAGGGUGACCAGUGGUGUAAUCUCGAUGAGUUUUAUUUCAUUAUACGAAGCUAUUACCAUCGGCGGAGCAUUUUUCUUAUACGCCGGGGUUGCGUUGGUGGCGUUUUUCUUUUUCUUCACUUUCUUGCCAGAGACUCAAGGGAAAACACUUGAGGAAAUGGAAUGGCUUUUUGGUAAAUUGGUGGGAUGGAGGGAGGAGGCUCAAAAGUUGAAGAGAAAAAGGAAGAUGAAUGAAGCUAACCAUCAGAUCCAGUUAGGCAAUAAUUUAACUACAGAUCGCCGAUGUUAGGAAAUAAAUUGUAGCUUAUGAAUCAACUUCGCUCAAUCCAAUCACUCUAAAUUGUGCAUUUUAAAAUAUGGAUUUCAUGAAAUAUUAGGUAAAAUUAUGCAAUUAGCCCCUGUAAUUUGUGUAAAUUGUAGAUUUAGAUCUCUAUGUUUUAAUCUGAUUAGUUUUAGUUAUUCUA